CGUGAUGGGAUGAUCGGUCUGCAAGAAUGCGGACCUGCGCCCCCUCGUGCGCCCCUGUCCGCCCCGCGCGCCCGUGAGAGAACGGCCCAGGCGCUUGACUACUACAACACCCAUGUGCACAAGGCCUGGGCCAACGCCAAUAACACCAGGUCUUCUUUCAACGAUCGCCACCACCACCACUCGACCCCGCGCCGCCAUCAGCAUCCCGCCCCCGAGAACUUGUGUCGCAGCAACUCCAGCCUGGAACUCCUCGACUACAGCAACUCCUCGCCGACCGCUCUGAAGAGGGGAGUACGGCUCGCACGGUUCGAUUGACGUCAU